AUGGAUGUUAAGCCGAGAAAAGACUGUAGUUUUUUAGAAACUAGAGCACAGGGCUUAGUCAAUCGGGAUGGCCUGAGUUAUGAGCCAAACGAAAAUGAUUUGUUGAACGCGUUCAACCUUUUUGAAGAUUUUAACAAGUACAACAUUACUCCUGUUCUUUGGUCGCCACUAGAGAAAAUAUAUCCUCUUUUGACCCCUUUUGGAUGCCCAACAGUCGUGUAUCCCGCACUGUCAUAUGUCGCAAUUGGCACCUCUCGGGGGAAUGUGGCUAUUUUCAGUCACAAACAGUUCUUGCAGGUAGUGCUGGCUCCAGGUGAUGAUUGCCCUGUAUCCAAGAUCACUCGGAUUUGUGCGUCUGUUGAUGGCACACAUAUCGCAGCAGGCUUGCAAUCGGGCGAUGUAGUGAUUUGGAAUUUGAACGGCAAAAGCCGGAGCGAUGGCACAAACAGGAGCCCUCGCGAACUCCAUCCAAUCCUGCACAUUCCUGACCACAGACCACACGAAGUUACUGGCCUUGGUUUCAUGUCUGAACGACAUACUGCAAUUAUUGUCAGCGAUAACAGCGGGUCUAUAUCGUGCCAUAGCGCGUUCAGGAACCAUAUAUGGCAACUUGCAUAUAACACAACCGAUAUACUAACGCUGCGAUUGAAACCAAAUGAAGCAUUUGCAACUGCUACGUAUCCGGGCUCUUUUGAACUCGCCUUCUCGGAUAUUCAGCCAAUGGCGUUACUUUCACACACUCAUAUCUCACUCAUAUCUCAGACGAACUCAGAAGUUUGCUUUCAUGAAGAAACCCCAAUAGGCUCCUAUCGUCAUGCUCAGACUACCUGGAGCGCAUGUGGCACAAAGCUUUGCUAUAUAAAGGGCAAAACUUUGGGAUUGAUGCGUUUCAAGCGCUGCCUCCCCAGUUCCAAGCUAGAAACUGAUUUACAUGCAGAAUGGCAUGGUCAGGAAAUGUUGAAAAAUGUGGAAUGGCUCACGGAAGAUUCAAUUGCGGUCCUUACUGAGUCAAAGAAGUUUAUAAUGUUCAGUUCACGACAAGAUUUAUCUGUUUUUGAGACCGUCGAUUUCCAGCCUAUCAAUGUGCUCAAUCCUUCCGAAACAGGCUUUGCAUGCUUUGAGAAGCAAGUUUUCGUGUUAUCGAGCUACUGUCCACAGAUUGGCUCAUUCCUAUCGUGGUCCGACAUCGUGCUUAGAUUUGUUCAGAAGCAAGCGUUCUUGAGCGCACUCAAAAGUGUUGCUUACUUCCUUGUCACUGAAAAUUUACCAACUGAUGUUUUAGGAUUACAGAAGAGCUUAGCGCUACGGCGAAAACAAUUGGCUCAACCUCUUCGGAACCUAUCCAUCGCAAGCGUUCGCCAUUUUCUAGUUCACAAUGAUCAAGACGUUAAACCCGGUGCGUUUAUAGACCUCAUUAUGACAAUCUUGGCAACAUUCGCGUUAGUGUUUGAGGAUGAAAAAGAGUCUAGUGUUUUCAUCGAGCAAGUUUUGGAACUUGUUGCUAAACCUUUUCAGCCAAGAUUCUUGGAAGUGAUCCUAAAGCUUGUGCUCCGAGAGGAAAUCCGCAUUUUAACGCCCUCUGUGUCAAGAGAGCUGCUAAAAUAUUCUUCAAAACAAAAGUCUGCAAAUACCGUUGCAGAUCUGGUCCUUAAACUAGAUACAAGCUCACUUGACAUUAAUUUGGCAGUCAAAGUUUGCCAGAAGCUCGGACUUGCCAGCGAGAUAAUAUAUCUGUGGAUCUCUUCAUCACGCGACUGCAUCUCGCCGUUGGUUGAUCUUCUGCUCAAGCUAUCGAAUCAAACGGACAAAUGUCAAUUGAUACCAAGCGAUACAGUUGUCCCUGACCAGCUUCUCUUCAACUACGUUUCCUUCAUUAUGACUGGCAGAGAGUUCCCUAUUGGUGUACAAAUCUUUCCGCCUUCACUCGCUUUCGACCUGAAGCUUCAAAUGUGCUUCUUACUCUUUAAUGGUGCUAUUGUGGACUGGCCGCCAAACUCAGGAACAAAACUUUACACAAUGGAGAAGCAUGUCAACGAACCUGUGUUCCCUUACAUGGACCUGCUGCUUAAGAAGAACUGCUGCAGAUGCCUUGCUAUGCUCCAUGAAAUACUUGAGGACUCUUUUUUUGAUGAUGAUAGCAUCCCACACAUAUUCCCACAAAAUGAAAACGAAUUUAGACUUCGCGUUAGCAGACAGUUUGUGAUUGAUUUGCUGCUUGACAAAAUCAAGGAGAGUUCGCUACUGGAUGAGAGGGUUUCUAUUGCUAUUUUUAUUACGCGAAACUUACCAAAGUAUCCACAAUUUAUCAGGUUAUCAAAUCAUGUUCUCUUAGAUCUUGUUCUGAUUUUAUGCUCCGAGUAUUCUUCUUCUCUGUUUGAAGAUGCUCAAAGAAGUCUCGAGUCAUUGUUUGCGAUUUAUGACUCGAUUGAGGUUAGGAAAUUUAUUCCAUCCUUGAAAAAGAAGAGAUUCCACCGGCCUCUCUUUCUCAUCUACAAGCAUCAAGGCGCGUUUGCUCAUAUGUUGGAACUUUGUGCUAACUCGGACCAAGCCGACGUAUGUGCCAACUCUUUGCUGGACAUCCUGAAGUUCGGCCUCGAAAAUUCCCUUCAUGACAAAGCUAAGAAACAGUCACUCUAUGGGGCUAUCAAGGCGAAUUUCAAAACUAUCAUUGAGCAGGACGUGUCGACUGUUAUCGAGGUUUUCGAUGAAUAUGAUACUGACCUUCAUAACAACAUUCUUGAUGUCCAUGAUCAGCAAAUCCAGUACUCGUACCUACGUAAGUACUUCCAGUUCGCUUCCGCCCUCCAAUCCCUUAACUUUGAAUUAUUUUGCCAGUAUGUGGUAUUAUUAUGCGAUCUCAAUUACAGCGAUGAGCUAUGUCGAGUAUUAACGGAAGCUUCUUUAAGCUCGGUGCAGUGUCAAAAGGCGUAUGAAAUUUUACAAGAGCAUGCGAACAUGCAGGGCUCUGUUGUGAUCCAGCGCAGAAUGAAUGACUUCGAGGGGGUCAUCGAAAGUAUAGUGCGUUUCUUAGGUCGCAAGAGCAUUAACAAGGCCUGUGGGAGAAUUGAUGAUCAAUUCAGUGCUUAUGGGGAUUUUGCGAUUGAAACGUGUCUCAUGGCAGGAAGGGAAGAAUCAAAAGUCUGCUGGACAAAGUUUCUAAUUUUUCUUUUAACACAUUAUGGUUCUCUCAACCGAGGUCAAAGUGAGGCCUACGCCCUCAUGAUCCAGCGGGUUUUGGAAAGCCUGUCUAAAUUGACAGCAUUUGAUACAGAUAGAGAUACUAAACGCCUCAUUGGCAGCGUCUUGACGGAAACACUAGAAAGCCAAGAGGUUAUUUUAUCCAAAGUUCAAGAGCUUGCACCGUUGUUUGAGAGUGUGCUGAAUUCCUUUGAGGUUGAAGAGCACAUAUUGCAUAAAAUUCUCCAAAUCCUGAACAGGUCUUCCUCCUCAGUCAUCAACCAGUAUGACGAAAUUUUACAGAACGGCUGGUCCAUUAAGUACAAUGACUGCGAAAUUUGCGGCAAGAAAAUCUGGGGUGUCGGGAUCUCAAGCACUGUAUUCACUGAAUGGGAAGUGGGGGCUGUCCACGCAGACAAGUCGAUGUCUAAUCCCGAAAAGCAAGGAAGUCAAGCAUUUGUUGUGUUUAGCUGCCACCACGGAUUUCAUACAAGAUGCUUGGAGAACUUAGGCCAACACUUUGGUGCCUACAAAUGCCUCCUGUGUCCCUAA